AUGAACCAUGAUAAAUUUACUCAGAUUUCAAUAGAACCACCACGAUUACCACCGCCACCACCUCCGCAACAACCACCGCCACAACAGCCACCACCACAACCAAAACCAAGUCUCAGAAUCGGAUCACCAGAUCUUAAAAUAAAUCCUAGCAUUCCAUCAAAAGGAAAGUUACCAAGUAGUACAAACCUUCAACAGAAAGAAACACAAAAUAAAAGUUGGCAACAAAAAUAUCAUCGUCAUGGGAGUUCAUGGGAUAUUAUUGCAGACGUUCAAAAUGAAAUACAUGGUUGUAUUAAUUCAUCCGUUUCAGAAGAGAUUGAUAUAUAUCUAUCCAAUCUCCAUUCUAUUGCUACACAGGGUGAUGAAAUUCUUCAAGAGUGUUUAUUGAAAAUUUCAUCCAAGGAGCAACAAGAGAUCAAUCGACUUGUACAAGCACGACAGAAUAUUAUUAAUGAUAUAAUAAAAGAUGGUCGUACACAAAUGAAUCAAACAGAAACAUAUUAUCGAAAACAAAUAGAGGAUUUCAUUGAUAAAUUACAAACAGAAACAGCAGGAUAUAUAGAUUUAUUACAAAAACAAGUGGAAGCGAAAAAACAAGACGUUUUUUCUCAUUCAAAUAUUAACCUUGAAGAGUUAACAAUGAAAUCAGAAACUGCUAAAACAAAACUUCUUCAGCGAUUACAAGCUUCUACUCAUAAGAAACGUGAAGAAAUAUUACAUCAAACUAUCAACAUGUCCAAUCAUAAAACAAGUCAAUCUCUAGGUUAUGAACAAUUAAGAAAAGUUAAUCUAGAACUGUAUUCUACUGUGGGGAUUAAAGAAGAUGGACAAGGUUAUAAUAAUAUACCUAACAGAGAUAAAUAUGUCAAAGAGAUUAAAGCGGCGAAAAAAGAAAUUAAAGAUACGAAAGCCAAUAAUCUUCCUAAAAGAACCGUUUAUGUUGGAAAUAAUGAUGAUGCAACAUUAGAAAGUCGUAACCAAACUGAAUAA